AUGUCGAAGGUAAGUUGGAAUAUUUCAAUUUCGAAUCAUUAAUAAUUCUCUAAAUUUUUUCAGUCAUUCGAAAACGCCCAAAACUCUGCCAACUCUGGCAAAAACGACCAAAAGGACUUGUCAUCCUCAAAUGGACAAACAUCUCCCGGAGCAUUUGGUGCCCAAACGGUUUCGAAUGAAAUCGCAAGGAACGAGAAUCGUGCCGAAUCGGUUAGUAGUUUUUUUUCUUGAUUUUCAGAAAAAUACAAUUAUUUUUCCGGAACAAAAAGCUUGAAGCUCAAAAUUUGAAAUUAUUCCGGAAAAGAUUUUCAAGAAAAUGGAAAUUUACAUUUUAAAUUUAACGUCUUUUAUUUAGUUCACAAUCAGAUUAUCUGAUCUUUUUUUUUGAAAAAAAUAUUUCGAUUUUGAAAGACAUAUUUAUUGAAUUUUAAGAAUUUCAAGCACAAAAAAAUCACCUACCGUACUGAAAAUUUUUCCAUUUUUCUUACAGUUGAUUGAUCAACCCGGAAAUCAACGCGAAGUCGAACAAUUGAGAGUCUCGCCAACUUCUCAUACCCAAAUUGAUAUUUCGGAUCGACAACAGUUCCAAGUCACCGAAAAUCCGAAUUUGCCUCCAACAAAUCCGAUGCCAGCUGUCGACGCAAGAUCUUUGUCACCACUCUACGAUGACAGCACAGGACAAUCGGUUUUGCGAACUCCACAACCGCAAAGAUAUAGAUUCUUGAAUUCGCCUCCCAAUUUUCAAGUCUUUGCGCCGUCGAUGUUCAAAGAUCCCGCAAAUGGACAAGAAGAAGAUUCGUUGAAUGAAGUUGCUGUUUAUGAAGAUGGGGGAUUUGUCGAAGAUGUUGAAAAUGGAACCGAAGAUGGUUAUGAAGAAGAAAAAGAUGAUGAAAUGAUGGAUGUUGAAGAGUCGGCUGAAAAUCAGCAAAUAUCGGAAGUAACAAAAGGGCCAAUUGAUUCAAACCAACCCGAAUCAACCAUAUCUUCGUCUAUGGCUGAAAUGUUGGAGAUUUUGGAAAUCUCCUCUGAUGAGGGAGGACCUCAUAGUUACAUCAAUCGACCAUCCCAACCGCCACCGGUUAGUUGCAUUUUUUUGAAAAAAAAAUAUUAAAAGUUUUACUCCCAGGAGAAUUUUUUGAAACUUUGAAGUUCUGAUUAAAAAUAAAAUAUAUGAUUUUUUUUAAAAAUAGGAAUUUUAUGAAAAUUAUUAUUAUUAUUCAAUUAUUGAUGUUUUAAAUGAAAAUUGAAAAAAUUAUCAAAAAAAUCACUUGAAAUUCAUGAAAACUAGAGCUGAGAGAAACGAGAAUGUCUGCUCAAUGAGUGAUUUUUGAAAUACAAUAUUUUCGAAAAGUUUGAGAAUAAAUAUUUUUCGGAGAAAAUACGUUAUGAGCAAAUUUCUCAUAAAAUUUCAAAAAACUCUGAAUUUUCAAAAUUUUGAAAAUCAUAAGAAAAUCACUUACCGUACUCAAAAUAUUUUCUGUUUCAGAAAUUCCGCAUUUCACAAACUCCUCAAGGAAUGGUGCCGAUCGGGGAAUUGUCAGAAACGUCCACGAAUUCUUCACACGAGAUGUUGGCUGAAACAUCAGAUCGCCGCGAAGUUCUUCAUGAAACCGAAGACUCAGGAAUCCCGCAAACUUCUCGUGCACAAAUUGAUAUUUCGGAUAGUGAUCGCCAAGAAUCCCAAAACAACGAACAUUCGAAUAUUGCGCCAACAAAUCCGAUGCCAGCUAUCGACGCAAGAUCUUUGUCACCACUCUACGAUGACAGCACGAAUCAAUCGGUUUUGCGAACUCCACAACCGCAAAGAUAUCGAUUCAUGCAUUCUCCACCGAAAUUUCAAGUCUUUGCGCCGUCGAUGUUCAUUGAUCCUUCAACUGAACAACAAGAAGAUUCUGCUGGUGAAGAUAUGGAAAAGGCUGAAGAAAUGACUGGAAAUGAAGCUGAAUAUGAAGAAGAAGGAGAACAAAUGAUGGAUGUUGAAGAACGCGCUGAAAAUCAAGAAACACCAGAAGGAAGGUCAAAUGAUUCGAACCAACCUGAAUCAUCGAUGUCUUUGUCAAUGGUGGAAAUGGUGCAGAUUUUGAACAUCAGUUCUGACGAGGGAGGACCUCAUAGUUAUUUGAAUCGACCAUCUCAAACACCACCGGUUAGUUUCUCUUUUUCUGAAAAAAAUUAAAUGAGCAUUGUUUGCAACUUUGAACUACUAAAAAUUACAUUUUUUUAAAAAAAUAAUAACUUGAUGAGAAUUACUAUUUUUUAAUUUCUAAAAAUAAACACGAGUGAUGAUUUUUGACACACCUCGGCCAAGCCGUGGCUGGCCAGAGUACAAUUUAUUUGAAAAAUCUGAAUUUCAGUUUUUAGAGGUCAAACAUUGAAAAAUCACAAUUUUUAGAUGUCAAAAAUUCUAAAAUUCACAAUUUUUGUACUGUAAAAAUAAAAUAUCAAAAUAAAAAAAAUCACUUACCGUACCCAGAAUAUACCCAAGUUUCUUUCAGAAGAAUCGCAUUUCACAUGCGCCUCAUGGAUUGCUUCCGAUUGUUGAAGUGUCGGCGACUUCUUCAAGUUCAACCACACAACCCGUCGAAUCAAUUUCCGCCACUGAUAAUGAUAAUGAUGGUUAUGAUGAAUCGGAUCGAAGCGACAACCCGCACCGCGCUCGUUUGCCGCACGAUAGAUAUCGUUAUUCAUCGCCAAAUGAUUAUGAAUUGGAACCAAACGACGACCAACACCGCGCUCGUUUGCCGCAUGAUGGUUUCCGUUCAUUAUCGCCAGUGGAAUCAGGAGAAGAGUGGCUUGCACGGCGACGAGCGCUAAGACGUCGAAUAAAUGACCCAGUCGUCCCAGUCGCCCCAGUCCGAAUUCCUCGACAAACUGAUCGCCACUUUUCUGAUUCGGAUUCAGAUAUGGGCCCAAUAGAUGUUGUUCGUGGUCCGGGCAUAGUCAUCCGAUCUAAAAAAUCGAGUACUGAAGUGAUGUUGACGGAUCAUUUGUACGAUGCUGAUCAGAAAAUGGAUUUCCUUGACGAUGAACUUUUGGUUCGAACCGAAGGCCGAGUUCCGAACAAAAGGAUAAGCAUCGCCACAGACAACUCGGUCGAUUUAAUUAUAAAUGGGGUGCCUCUUGCUACCAUGGAGGCGAGAAUUCGAGCGAGAAUUGCGGAUGAAAUGAAAGAGUCGCAGAAAAUGUUUCAAGGAAUAUUGGUUCCUCGUGAGAUAUAUGGGGAAUUGUGCAGGAAAUGGAGAACGCGCCAAAGCCCUCCUCAUAGCCAAAGAGCACCGCAAAAACGGUCAGCAGCAACGUCGCCUGCGCCGCCAGCAAAACGGUCGAAAACAACAUCAGCGACGGAUUUGGCGCUUCCCGCUCCGCCAAUUUCCGCUCCUCCAACUCCACAACCAAUUGUUCCACAAGUUCUUGCCGCUGUUGUCGCGAUUCCCGCUCCGCAGACUCCACCACCAAUUACUCCACAAGUUCAUGCCGCUCCGACACCGCCAACCGUCGCUUCGGUUCCACCAAAAAAGCGCGGAAGACCACCAAAAUCUGCUGUCAAGACGCCUGCAAAACCGGCUGCGAAAAAAGUUCAUGGGAUGAAACUUCGAUCCGAUUCCGCCAAAGCCGGAUUGUCACCCAUGAAAUUUAAGAAGUUGGAUAAGUCGAUUGUAUCGAUUCGAGACGUCAGGCUGGUUUUGGACAACAUAACAGCCGCUUUUAAUAGUAUGGAUUUUGGCGGCAGCAAAUCGAGCUUGACCAAGCGACUUCAGCAACUUCGCGAAAUGUCGACUGAAUAUCUGAGAAAUCCAUCGACUCGGAAAUUCACCCAACUAGCUUCCAAAUGUUCAACUUUGGAAGCAUCUGUCGAGCUUCAUGCUCGAUAG